CCGCUCUUGUCUCUUAUUCGUUUUCUCACUUGAUUGAAUCAAGAAAGAUCUCUAACAUGUCUGGAAGAGGCAAAGGCGGUAAAGGACUCGGGAAAGGAGGCGCUAAGCGCCACCGUAAAGUUCUGCGCGAUAACAUCCAGGGAAUCACCAAACCCGCCAUUCGCCGUCUCGCGCGCCGCGGCGGCGUCAAGCGCAUCUCCGGUCUGAUCUACGAGGAGACCCGCGGGGUGCUGAAGGUGUUCCUGGAGAACGUGAUCCGCGAUGCGGUCACCUACACCGAGCACGCCAAGAGAAAGACCGUCACCGCCAUGGACGUGGUGUACGCGCUCAAGCGACAGGGACGCACCUUGUACGGUUUCGGAGGUUAAAAGCCUUUAAACCACAAACACAACGGCUCUUUUAAGAGCCACCCACACUGUCACAUGAAGAGUCCCUCUUGAAGUUUUGUUGGUGAUUUAUGUCUCAAAUAAAUUA